AUGCGGGCACAUACACCGACCGAUGUGUUUGUUGUUUUAGCUUAUAGCAAUUUACAUAAUUUGUCUGAAUGUUUUGAUUUGUAUUUAAUUCCUAGUGAUGCCAUUUUUCCAACGAAGCUUGAACGAAUUUACCUCGAGGGCCAUGGUCCAGAUAGGUCUAAGGUCGUGAGUACUAAACAGCAACUCGAAAGGCUGGUUUCAUUGAUGGAAGAAAAUCCUCAACUUGCGAAAGGGAUUUGUACGAAGCUUCAGGCGGCAAAAAAGUGGGAAGAUAUUGCGCUGGAGCUCAAUUGUUUAGGACCACCAAUUAGAACGACAGCAAAGUGGAUUAAGGUGUGGGCUGACAUGAAAUCGAAGACCAAAAAGAAAAUGUCGCAAAAUAAGGCUGAAUACCGAGCAACAGGUGGAGGACCGAACAGGCUUCAAUCUUAUACAAAUAUUGAGGAGGCCAUAAUUGGAUUACUCGAGCUUGAUGCCUGUGUGAAUCCACCAGGAGCGGAAUUCGGCCUAGAUAUAAGUGAUAAUCAGCGCCUAGAUUCGCCUGAGCCGGCUCCAGCAGAUGAAAACCAGCCACCAUUCGAUUUGGAAACGAGCAAUGAAGACCGGAACUAUGCAGUUGGCGAAAAUACAACACGAACCCCCAGAAAAAAACG